AUGCUGUCACACAUGACUGCGAGAACUCCCGUCUAUCCCACCGCACCGACACAGAUUCCGAACUGCUUCAAUCCAUUCUAUCUGUCUAUGCUGCUCACAUGGUUACGGACCGCCGCCAGUGGUAUGGUUUCGAAUGGUGAAAAAAAUCGAUCCCCUCCAAAUCGAACUGAAAUGACUGGACCUGUGGGGUUUCAUGUGGCACCAGAGAAUCGCCCUCAUCCGACAAAUGAGCCCCGUUUUUAUCCGAACAAUCUGUACAUUACACAUACACGACGACAAACGGAACAGCGCGAAUUUGAUUCAUUUUAUCAAUCCGUUACAGAACCACGCGUCUCACUCGGAUCAUCACCUACAAUCCAGAAUAAUUUGUCUGCCAGCGCCUAUCCCAAUUCUUCUCCGUCCACCUGUUCACUCCCGCCUAUUUCCAAUACCCCGACGACCAGUCCACGAGUCCCGAACAUGAAUUUGAGCCAAAACAUGCGAUGCGAAUCAUUCCAGACGGAAGUGAGACCGCGAACGACCGAUCCGCCAUUGCUCAGUCUAACCGCACUGACACAACAAUUGACACAGUCGGCCAAAUCGUUUGCCUCGAUGACCAGUGCAUUCCAACCGUUUCCGCGGAUUCCCCCCACACGAUCGUCUGAGAUGAAUCGGUUGAACGGAAAUCGUAAUCGUAUCCCCACGACACUGACAACGAUCAAUUCGAAAUCCGAUCUAGGCGGGGGUGGUGGUGGUCGUGGUGGUGGUCCGGCAUUCUCAUCGAAACCCGUGCCAACAGUCGGGCCUCGUUCCACGGUGGCUUCACGAGUCCGCAAUGUGGAGGGCGCGAAAGGAUUCGAUUUCAAAAAUCUGGUCCAGUCCUGUUUAGAAUCGGACAAUGAACGAGAUGAACGGGGUCACCGACCCGAUGCGAAUGGAAAUUUCAGUGUCCUGGACAAGCCUAUUCCCGUGACCGUCCGAUCUAUGCAGCGACUGAAAACCAAAUUGGACAGUAUACCAAAGAACAAGAAAGAUAAGGUUGUCCCGAGCACACGUCGACGACCUCGAAAACAAUAUAUCUGUCGAUUUUGUUUACGUCAAUUUACAAAAUCAUACAAUUUGCUAAUCCACGAACGAACUCAUACGAAUGAACGACCGUUCCCGUGUGAUGUGUGUGGCAAGGCGUUCCGCAGACAAGAUCAUCUGCGCGACCAUCGUUUCAUUAUAUUUAUCAUCUAUAUUAAUGCUUUAGGUAUGGACAAUAAUUCAUCUCUUGCCUACUUCGGUCUACGUAGUGUCUACGCUGCAUGA